GUCAAUUGUCAAAAUUGGGGGACAAGAGCCUGUUUAGUUAAUCACAAUGGAUACUAUUUGAAAAUAAUUCAAGAGGUCGUCAGCAGACUGGAAAAAAAUAUCAUGUGGUGUAAUUUGAAAUUGAAUGAUGUAAAUCAACAAAUUAACGAACGUUUAUUCAAGUGGCAUGCCCAAGGAACUGCGAACUACACAAACGGAUUUCUCUUACAUUUUCGAAAUAUUGACGUAACAAAUAUUCGCAGCUCCUUUUCCAAUAGAUCAGUCGAUGGAACUGUGGAGAACUUUGUCUCUGUGGACGGAUUACUUAAUAUUAGAAACCUUUACGUUGGUUACGAUGUUGUCGCUAACAUAGAAGGCUUUGAUACCCAAUACUACACCGGAGUGUUCUCGUAUAGUUUGGUUACGAUGCGGUGCAUGAUAGUUAAAAACUUAAAAACAACAGAAACAACGGUUACAACGACAGUGGUUACAUCGACUCCGGUUGCGCGACGAAUGACGUACAUGCCCCAAGACAGGAUAUCAGAAUUGUUAUCGAGACAUUUUGCAUCCUUUCACGUUUCUUUAAGUCGAUGGGGAACCGAUUACAUCGCACCACUCAUUUUGGAAGUUGAUUCGGAGACUGAAUUGCCUGAAAUACGUUACGAUAACAGAUGUUAA